AUGUUUUCCAUGUUUCACGACUGCAACACCAACAACUACAGUAACAGCUGGUACAACAACUCCUACAAUUACAAAUGCGCCAACCACUGCAACACCAACAACUACAGUAACAGCUGGUACAUCAAGUCCUACAACUACAAAUGUGCCAACCACUGCAACACCAACAACUACAGUAACAGCUGGUACAACAACUCCUACAACUACAAAUGCGCCAACCACGGCAACACCAACAACUACAGUAACAGCUGGUUUCACGACUGCAACACCAACAACUACAGUAACAGCUGGUACAACAACUCCUACAAUUACAAAUGCGCCAACCACUGCAACACCAACAACUACAGUAACAGCUGGUACAACAACUCCUACAACUACAAAUGCGCCAACCACUGCAACACCAACAACUACAGUAACAGCUGGUACAACAACUCCUACAACUACAAAUGCGCCAACCACGGCAACACCAACAACUACAGUAACAGCUGGUACAACAACUCCUACAACUACAAAUGCGCCAACCACUGCAACACCAACAACUACAGUAACAGCUGGUACAACAACUCCUACAACUACAAAUGCGCCAACCACGGCAACACCAACAACUACAGUAACAGCUGGUACAACAACUCCUACAACUACAAAUGCGCCAACCACUGGAACACCAACAACUACAGUAACAGCUGGUACAACAACUCCUACAACUACAAAUGCGCCAACCACUGCAACACCAACAACUACAGUAACAGCUGGUACAACAACUCCUACAACUACAAAUGCGCCAACCACUGCAACACCAACAACUACAGUAACAGCUGGUACAACAACUCCUACAACUACAAAUGCGCCAACCACUGCAACACCAACAACUACAGUAACAGCUGGUACAACAACUCCUACAACUACAAAUGCGCCAACCACUGUAACACCAACAACUACAGUAACAGCUGGUACAACAACUCCUACAACUACAAAUGCGCCAACCACGGCAACACCAACAACUACAGUAACAGCUGGUACAACAACUCCUACAACUACAAAUGCGCCAACCACUGCAACACCAACAACUACAGUAACAGCUGGUACAACAACUCCUACAACUACAAAUGCGCCAACCACUGCAACACCAACAACUACAGUAACAGCUGGUACAACAACUUCUACAACUACAAAUGCGCCAACCACUGCAACACCAACAACUACAGUAACAGCUGGUACAUCAAGUCCUACAACUACAAAUGCGCCAACCACUGCAACACCAACAACUACAGUAACAGCUGGUACAACAACUCCUACAACUACAAAUGCGCCAACCACUGCAACACCAACAACUACAGUAACAGCUGGUACAACAACUCCUACAACUACAAAUGCGCCAACCACUGCAACACCAACAACUACAGUAACAGCUGGUACAACAACUCCUACAACUACAAAUGCACCAACCACUGCAACACCAACAUCUACAGUAACAGCUGGUACAACAACUCCUACAACUACAAAUUCGCCAACCACGGCAACACCAGCAACUACAGUAACAGCUGGUACAACAACUCCUACAACUACAAAUGCGCCAACCACUGCAGCACCAACAACUACAGUAACAGCUGGUACAACAACUCCUACAACUACAAAUGCGCCAACCACUGCAACACCGACAACUACAGUAACAGCUGGUACAACAACUCCUACAACUACAAAUGCGCCAACCACUGCAACACCGACAACUACAGUAACAGCUGGUACAACAACUCCUACAACUACAAAUGCGCCAACCACUGCAACACCAACAACUACAGUAACAGCUGGUACAACAACUCCUACAACUACAAAUGCGCCAACCACUGCAACACCAACAAUUACAGUAACAGAUGUUCCCACCACCACCAGAUUUCUUCAGUUCACCUCCAGUGACACAUUUGUAGCUGAUCUCGCAAACACCAGCUCAACUGCCUUUCAAACUCGAGCACAGUCAGUAAGCAAUACGCUAACACCAUUGUACAGGUCUGCCUUUCCUAAUUCCUUCGAGAGCUAUCGUGUAACAAGAUUCAGGAGUGGAUCAGUUGUCACAGAAGGAGCUAUGGUCUUCCGCUCAUCAAAUGUACCCAGUGAUACUGACAUAGUCACCGCUCUCCAGAACAGUCCCAUGGCAAUUAAUACUCUAACCAUUGAGUCUUCCUCAAUUACAGUCAGUACUGAAGCUCCAACUCCAACUCCAACUACAACUCCAACUCCAACUCCAACUACAACUACAACUCCAACUACAACUCCAACUCCAACUACAACUCCAACUACAACUACAACUCCAACUCCAACUACAACUACAACUCCAACUACAACUCCAACUCCAACUACAACUACAACUACAACUCCAACUCCAACUACAACUACAACUACAACUACAACUACUACAACUACAACUACAACUACAGCCCCCACAAUUCGUCCACCUAGCACUCCAGUUGUGGGACUUCAAGCUACUUUGCAGAACCCCUUCAUACCUGCAUUCAGUGAUAACAAUUCACCAGCAUUCCGGGGCCUAGCAAGGAUUGUGAUUAUUGCAUGUGACCUGAUCUACAGUCGACGCUUUGGAUUCAUUUUUGUUGAGACAAUUGUGAUCGCAUUCAGGCCCGUGGCACUAUUCCGCAUGGAGAACAGUACUCAGGCCCAAAUAGAGCUGGUCUUUAACGACAACACACCACCAGAGUCAGUCCCAACCAGUGAGGAAGUUGUUACUACACUGGUGGAUGCUGUGAACAGCCCCAACAACACAUUCAACCUCACUAUUGACCCCAAUUCUAUUGCUGUUACAACAAUCCCCAACCGUGUAGUGGAGCUGGUAUUCACGUCCUUGGAUACAUUUGUAAAUGCGCUUUCAAACCAAAGCUCAGAGGUCUUUUCAAACAGAGCGCGCAUCACAAGGGAGCAGAUAGAGCCAGUCUUCAGAGCCAACUUCUCAUCAUUCCUCGGGAUGACUGUCACAAGUUUCAGGGCUGGAUCAAUCAUCACCAUGUCACGUUUGGCCUUCAACUCCUCAGGAAGUGUUCCCAACAGCACUGAAAUAGCGAGCUCUCUGGCAAACGCAGUACGGAACGGACAAGUCAACUUAAACAUUGACCCACACUCAAUUACAGUCAAUGGGAUUGUCAUAGCCUCAUCCGCAGAUGGAGUCGGCACCAAGACGAGCCUGGUCACGGCUUUAUGCUUUGUUUUCACAUCAUUGCUGUUGUCCCACUUCUGGUAAACUCCCCUGUAAACCCAUCACCCCAAGAUGAACAUUGUGCAAUAAUGGCAAAUCAAAAGGACAUUUUAAGGAACAAAAACACACCCAGCCACCCAGAAGAUCACUGUUCCCAGCACUGUUUCAAGUGGACCUAAAUUGUAAACAAAACCUUGUAGUCGAGCCGAGAAAGGUGUCCACUAACUUCUAUUUGUCCAUACAUCAAAGACCCACAUGCAUGUGUUUCAGCUUUUCUUAUGAUCCUGGAGCUUUCGAUUUGUGUUCCAUGCUGAUUCAGGUGGAAUAAUUGCAAUUUAGGUAGGAGUAUGUCUAUUUUAGGGGACAACUGCUAUUUUUCCAAGCUAAUUCCCAUGUGACAUGAUGCAUAUUUUUGCAAACUUAUCAGAUGACGUUGCUAAAUGUUAACACAGGGGCAGGAUUUGGGACUUCUCAAAAAACCUGCCUCACUGCUCUUUGUGAACAUUUUGUGCCCAUUUUAGAUGCUAAACCCAGGAAGAAAAUGCUGAUACACGUGGGCUUUUAAUAAUGAAUUCUCAGAUUUAUCCUUCAAGCUAAUCUACUGGUAGGGUUUAAAUAAUUGGGAGUCUUAAUGCCUUCAUGUCAUCCUGUGUAAAUCCAUAGAGCCUUCUCAGUUAAUUGUUCAUUUUUGAAAAGUUAUUUAUUGUUCUGGAGAUUAACAGUCAUGCCAGCCUGAAUACAGCUAAUAAUAAUUGAACAUUAUUUUCAUAAUGUUUUAUCACUAUGAAAAAAAAAAUCUAAGUCAGUGCUUUAGAGAUUUUAUUUCCUAUGAAAUCAGUCAUUUCUUGAAGUUAGUCAAACUUUAAUGAAGGCUGGCUAUCUAUCUAGAACACCACACAAAUAUUAAUUCUAGUACUUUAUGGAGCAAUAACCACAGUGUAAUACUUUUUAAUUCAUAAAUAAAAGUUAAGAUUAAGGGGAAAUUCAUAAAAUUAUAUAUGUGAUAUAAUAAUAAUUUGAGAGCAGUCACUCUAUGUGCACACUAAUGAAGAGCCUUUGUCGCCCAGGAUUACUGAUCAAAGCUAAGUGACUUAUUUGAGCCUGAGUGUUUGUACUCAAAUGUGUUUAUUGUCAAAACAUUUUCUGUAACAUUUCUGUGUUUUUAACUUAAAAUAGUUUGAAGCUUAAAGGUUAAGGUUACGAAAAGGUUUAAUUUUUUGUUGCAAAGAAAAACAUAAAGAAAGGUCCUGUUUUAUAUUUAGAUUAUUUUUUGAACAGCCCUGUAUUGUAUGCCCAAUAAUAAUAAUAGUAAUAAUAAUAAUAAUAAUAAUGGAUAGGUUUCUGUUUAUAAACAAUGAAGAGUGCACGAGCAGCUCAGAGGCAGAAACAUUUGAAAUGCCACAAACACAGGCAUUAAGCCUUCAUUUUUUUAUUAUCAUUAUGAUUGUUGGGGCAAUAAACAUUUUAAUAAACCA